AUGUCUGCCUAUGCGCUGAUGCAAGCUGGCAAGGCCGACGUCACAGCAGUGAUGCGAUCAAAUUACGAUGCCGCCGUGAAGAACGGAAUCAGCAUCGAUUCGAUCCAGUAUGGACAUGAGAUCAAGGGAUUCCGACCAACAACUAUCGUCAAGAGUGUCCCCAACGUUGCAAAAGAAGGCCUCAAGCCAUUCGACUUCAUCCUGGUAACGACCAAGAACAUCCCAGACGUAUCGCCAACAGUUGCAGACAUCAUCGAGCCAGCAGUGACACCUGGCAAGACAGCCAUCGUGCUCUCACAGAACGGCCUCAACAUCGAAAAGCCAAUCAUCCCCCGCUUCCCCCACAACCCAGUCAUUAGCAGCGUAUCCACCGUCGGCGCAACAGAGCGCGCAUACGCCGACAUCUUUCACGACGACCCAGACGCGCAAAAGAUCGGCCCAUUCCAAAACCAAUCUGUUCCCCAGCAAAUCGCCGAAGAUGCAGCAAAGAACUACAUCAACAUCUACAACCCGAAUGGAAAAUUAGAGGUAGUCUACGACGCCGAUGUCCAGCGCGCCCGCUGGCGUAAACUCCUCUAUAACGGCUCCUUCAAUCCAAUCGCUACAAUCCUGCGCAUGGAUACCCGACGCAUGCGUAUGAGCGGACAUGUUAUCGAUGACCUGAUUCUUCCCAUUAUGUUCGAGGUGCUUGCUGCUGCGCGCGCUUGUGGCGUGACGGAACUUACGGAUGAUCUUCCUGGCAAGGUGAUCUUCAAUGAUGACAUGCAGUUUGAGUUUAAGCCAUCUAUGUGUCAGGAUAUUGAGAAGGGGAAUCUGUUCGAGCUGGAGAAUAUUGUCGGUGAGCCUUUGCGUGAGGGUGAGGCUCAUGGUGUUGCUAUGCCUACUCUUCGUACUGUUUACGGUAUUCUUAAGGGGUUGCAGCUUCAGGUUAAGGAGAGUAAGGGGCUUUGGGAGCCUAAGUUUACUAGUGACAACCCUUACAAAUAG